UUCUUUCCUUUUGAGACAGGGUCUCACUAUAUAUACACUGGCUCCCUGAAACUCCACGUAGGGCCAGAGACACAUCAGCCUCUUUCUUCAGAGUAGGCUAGAGGUGUCCCAUACUAUGCCUGGCAAAUCUGUAAAUUGUUAAUCUACAGUUGUGGUGAGAAGGCUAGGCUGAUUCCACGACAGGCUUCAAAUUAGCAGUUAAGGAACUAGGCCUAAAAUCCCAGGCUUCAGCUAGUCAGAAACUGCCCCACCACCUGGCCUGAAACAAGGACAAUGGGUCAAUAGUUUCCAGCCAGCCCCCACGCCCCAGUAAUGGAAUGUUCUUAGAGAUAGCAGUAGAACACAGCCCACCUACCCCCGGAUUCCUCAGCAACAGUUUCCAGCCACCACACCCCGGCAACGGUUCUGGAAUACCUAGAGAAAGACAACCACCAACCCCGGGAUUCCACUAAGGUGCUUUAAACUGAGCCUGCGAACUUAUUUCCGGCUCUAUCUUGGUAAUGGGAAACUCCAGCAUGCUAGACGUCUACAGAAUAAAACAUUUUGCGUUUACAUGAGUCCGGGGGGUGUCAUUCUUCAGCGAACCAUGGCCCCUUACAGUGGGUGUUUCGAGAUCACCUAAUCCUAUGUUCACUUUUACUUGAGCAACUAAAGUCCAAAUGAUUCCGAAUCCCUUUGCCAGGCAGAAAAAGGAUUCGACUUAUUUCAUUCACAUGCUGCACAGUAAAACUUGAAACAGAUGACCACAUUAAAUAAGGAACAAAUAUCUAGUCAACAGGUAGGUAGCCUAUAUGGCCAGAAGCCUUUUAGAAACUUUGGAAAUGGUCCCAUUCUCUAGAUUCUGUACCCAAAACAAGUGGUUCUGCUUCUUCCUCGCAGACUAUCUUAAUCUUUUAAAUAAGCAAGUUGCCUAAGGUGAAAUCUUAUUAACUCAGCCGCAUUUUGCGGUCUGUGAGAAGUGCAAGACUGAAACUUGCAGUGUGGGUCUCCCAAGCUGGCGGAGCCAUAUUUUCCACACCUCGGCUUCCGAUAUUUGGGCACCCGCGAGGAAGGCGAAGGGGUCAAUCGACUUUCUUACAACCUUAAGUCUCAAGUAAGAAAAGCGUGACUUUAAAUCUGGCACUGGAGUGGGGCGAACUCGGAAAUAGAGACCCAGAAGAGCGCGGGGGAGGGGCGAGAGGCGCUGGAAGAAAGGGAAAGGCCUUUCUCUAAGCUGACGCGCGGUCACGCGGCUUUCUCCCGACGUGGGCACUCGCUAUUGGUCAAGCUGCAGCUGACGUAAGCGUAGCUGCCGGGCGCGAACCGCGGCGAGGGCGGCGCUGCGUUGGAAGUUGGCGAGGCGCGCGCGCUCCCGUUGGCGGCCCAAUCCCUGCUCUCCACUCUCGGCCCGCCAACCCACUGGUCCAGUCGCGCUCCGCUUUGGCGUGACCCCGCCCCCGAUGGGCGGGCGGCGCGCGGAUAGAACAUCACGUGGUUACUAGCCCCGCCUCUUCCUCUCGGUCCCAUAUUGAACUCGAGUUGGAAGAGGCGAGUCCGGUCUCAAAAUGGAGGUAAAACCGCCGCCCGGUCGCCCCCAGCCUGACUCCGGCCGUCGCCGCCGCCGCCGGGGGGAGGAGGGCCACGAUCCAAAGGAACCAGAGCAGCUGAGGAAGCUGUUUAUUGGUGGUCUGAGCUUUGAAACCACAGAUGAUAGCUUAAGAGAACAUUUUGAGAAAUGGGGCACACUUACAGAUUGUGUGGUAAUGAGAGAUCCUCAAACAAAACGUUCCAGAGGCUUUGGUUUUGUGACCUACUCUUGUGUCGAAGAGGUGGAUGCUGCAAUGUGUGCUCGGCCACACAAGGUUGAUGGACGUGUGGUGGAACCAAAGAGAGCUGUUUCUAGAGAGGAUUCUGUAAAGCCUGGUGCCCAUUUAACAGUGAAGAAGAUUUUUGUUGGUGGUAUUAAAGAGGAUACAGAAGAAUAUAAUCUGAGAGACUACUUUGAAAAGUAUGGCAAGAUUGAAACCAUAGAAGUUAUGGAAGAUAGGCAGAGUGGGAAAAAGAGAGGAUUUGCUUUUGUAACUUUUGAUGAUCAUGACACAGUUGAUAAAAUUGUUGUUCAGAAAUACCACACUAUUAAUGGGCAUAAUUGUGAAGUGAAAAAGGCCCUUUCUAAACAAGAGAUGCAGUCUGCUGGAUCACAGAGAGGUCGUGGAGGUGGAUCUGGCAACUUUAUGGGACGUGGAGGAAACUUUGGUGGCGGCGGAGGAAACUUUGGGCGUGGAGGAAACUUUGGUGGAAGAGGAGGCUAUGGUGGUGGAGGUGGUGGCAGCAGAGGCAGUUAUGGAGGUGGUGAUGGUGGAUAUAAUGGAUUUGGAGGUGAUGGUGGCAACUAUGGUGGUGGUCCUGGUUACAGUAGUAGAGGAGGUUAUGGAGGUGGUGGACCAGGAUAUGAUGGUUACAAUGAAGGAGGAAAUUUUGGUGGAGGUAACUAUGGUGGUGGUGGGAACUAUAAUGACUUUGGAAAUUAUAGUGGACAGCAACAAUCUAAUUAUGGACCCAUGAAGGGGGGCAGUUUUGGUGGAAGAAGCUCAGGCAGUCCCUAUGGUGGUGGCUAUGGAUCUGGAGGUGGAAGUGGUGGAUAUGGUAGCAGAAGGUUUUAAAAUAAAACAAACGGCUACAGUUCUUAGCAGGAGAGAGAGCGAGGAGUUGUCAGGAAAGCUGCAGGUUACUUUGAGACAGUCGUCCUAAAUGCAUUAGAGGAACUGUAAAAAUCUGCCACAGAAGGAACGAUGAUCCAUAGUCAGAAAAGUUACUGCAGCUUAAACAGGAAGCCCUUCUUGUUCAGGACUGUCAUAGCCACAGUUUGCAAAAGUGCAGCUAUCGAUUAAUGCAAUGUAGUGUCAAUUAGAUGUACAUUCCUGAGGUCUUUUAUCUGUUGUAGCUUUGUCUUUUUCUUUUUCUUUUCAUUACAUCAGGUAUAUUGCCCUGUAAAUUGUGGUAGUGGUACCAGGAAUAAAAAAUUAAGGAAUUUUUAACUUUUCAAUAUUUGUGUAGUUCAGUUUUUCUACAUUUUAGUACAGAAACUUUAACAAAAUGCAGUUUUGAAGGUGUUUCCUUGUGAGUUAACAAGUAAAGAAGAUCAUUGUUAAUCACUAUUUUGUAUGAAUUUUGCUAAAGUUAACUGUAAAGAAACACCUACUGACUUGCAGUUUAAGGGGAAUCUAUUCUCCCAUUUCCAAAACCAUGAUGACUGGGCGCUGACAUGUGGAGAGAAUAGAUACUUGUAUGUUUGCAAAUGUGUGUUUUAGAUAAUUAGGAUUGGGUAAUAAAAAAUAGCAUAUUUGUGAAUUUAAUAGCAUUAAGAUUACAUUCAAAUGAAAAAGAUCUCAAAAUUUGCUGUUUGGUUUUGUGCAUUUUCUUUCAAAAUGUAAUCAUGAUUUUAGUGUGGUAGACUUAAGUCCUAACCAUGUUUAAGAACAUCUCCAUUCCACAUUUACCUUGAUAACAUUGAAACUGCUGCCAAUAGUUUGGGGUAUGAAGUGUUUAUACUGCCCUCUACUUCCCAAGGGCGGUAGAUGAAUGCCAUCUCCCUAUUUAACAGCCUUUUAAUAUAGAACCACCAAGUCUGCUGUGUCUGAGCAGACUGUGGUGGGUACCUGGUUUGUUUCUGCUUUUAAGAUUUAAGGUCUCAAAGCCCCAUUGGUCUAGUCAACUUUCCUUGGUUACGUUCCCCACACACAGCUUUUCAGAGCAAAGGAAUAAAAAUCACUGGUUUGAACCCCUGACUGGCUGGCAUGCUUUCCUGUUCAUAUUCUAGCCAUUUUGCUGGAUGGUGAAGCAAAGUAUAGUAAGGUGUCGUCUAAACCAAGCAGCAGAAGAUGUAGCACACACAGUUGCUCAGUGCAAGCACCUCACUUCCCAAAUAUCUCAAUUCAAAUUCAGAACGUCUUGAGUCCUUAAAUCCCCAAAGAACACAUGGUUAUUCUUGUAUAUAUAUCAUUCUAAAACAUGUUGGGUGUGACAAUUUGGAGAACCUGUUUGAGGAGCUUUAGAUACUAAGGUGGUCAUAUACAUGAAAAAAAAAUGUCUGCUGUUGCGCCAGCUAGUGCUUAACAAUUUCAUUCAAGUCCUAAGUAUGUGCCCUGCUGUUACUUUCUUUGGCAGUUGACCGUUGAAUUCAGAUUUUUACUUGGUUUUUAAAGUAUAAGCUAAACAAGCAAUAAAAAGGGGAAUGGGGUGUGCUAGUAUUUCAAUAUGCUCUCUUGUUGCUCUACUGUGCCUCUGUGCAUUAAUAUUUGGAUGCAUGCAAUGCUAGCAUGGAACUUUGGUCUUCACAAAUACUGCAGUUUUUCCAGAAAACACUCACAAACCAAUAAAUGUAACAGACAACAUUCCAUUUGUUAAUGGGCAUAUGUGCAUAAGCAGUGUAGAAAAUAGGCUCAUGUUAGAAACUGGUUACAUCCUUCAUAACUAAAAGUGUGGUUAUUUGAAUGGACACUGUCAAUGUUCAUAGCUUAAACCUGGGUACCUGGUCAAAAUGCUUAGGAAACAUUAAAAUUGAGCUAAAUUGUCUCAAGUCCUUUUAUUCAUAUAAUAAAGAUGGAAGAAAUGGGAUGGGGGAGGCUGGCAGUUCCUGCUUUGUUUGUGAAAUUGUUGGGCACAACCUUGACAGUAUCCUUAAAUGUAAUGAGGUCAAUUGUAUUAACCAACUUUUUAUGUUCUGGAACUAGUAUCAUAGUGAAACCUUUUUCAGUAAGUUGAUGUUUACAACCUAUAAUCAGGUGAAACCUGUAUGUGGCCUGUUUAUAAGUUGUACUAAGUUAGUUUUUGUGAACAGUGUGGAAGAGUAAGCCAUGAGAGCGAUUUAACCAGCUUUAAAGGACCUAAGUUGUGCUUUUUAAGCACUGGAUCAAAGGAAAACCCACUAAGACAGGACUUCAGCAGCCAAUUGAGUAUGGACAAGUCAGCAUAAAUAAAGAAUGAGAAGGCAGCAGCAAGAGCUUCAACAACAGAGAAGUGGAGGCAUAAGAUACUAUGGUGAUAGUGAGCAACUUCCCAAAAGCUAGUUAAAGCUGCUUAUUACAACUGAAUGUCGAAGAAAGUAGCAGGAAGGAGCUCCGCCAUUUGGAACAUCAAUGAGCUAGUUGCCACAGGCACUAGGUCUAGCGUUUAGACCUGCAAGGAAGGGCAAUAAGCAUUAGGUAAGGCUUGAAUUUGAUUUUUUUUUCACUAAUUAAAGAAUACUUUUUGUAAAGCAAGGUAAGAGUAAUCUUUUUGAUUUGCAGGUGAAUGAGAACCCUACCUGCCUAACUGAGGAAUGUCUUUCCCACCACCUUAAAUACGAAGGUUUCUGGCUGGGUAAGGUUUGUAGCUCACAGUAAAAACCGAUGACCGUUGGUUUCCCUACAAAUUAAUGGGACAGUUUGAGACAUUACCCCUCAAGCUCAGUUUUAUUUGGUACCCCAUAGAACAAGUUCUAAGCCUUAGGCAGUUAUACCAUGCCAAGGGUAUUUGUCAUGAGCCAGAUGUGUUCUCUUCAUAUGUACAACUUGCUGUUCCAAGGGAAAGGCAGCUUUCCAUAACGGAAAGUCAUGUUGGCUUUUCAGAAAGUAAUUUUUGGUGUAUGACUUUAUAAUGAGCUGCUAGUUUCCCUAGUUCCACCCUAGGAAAGCAAGGAACUUUCACAAUUGUCAAAAUGUCUUCCUCAAAGUUCUCUAGCUUAAAAGUUUACUAUUGCAUGGACCAGCAGGGACAGUCAGUUUAGUUAUGUGUUUUUAGUCUUCCCCAAAACCCAUCACACCAACAGUCUGGUCUCACUGUUGUCCUAGCUUGGAACUCAGUCCACCAGCCUUCUGUCACCCAAGUGCUGGGAUUAAAGGGUGGUGCCUAUAUGACAACUCAUUCCUUUAAAAAAAAAAAUCCAAAGAACGGCUGGGUUACUAUUAAAAUGUGUUGCUGAUUGUCCAAAAGGGCUAUUUCUGCUGCCCUGAAAGGGCUUCUUUGAAAAUUGCUUAAUUCAGGUUACUUUUUAAUAGAAUAUUUUCAGGGGACAAAUCUGCAAAAUGUUUCCUUCACAGGGAUACCCUGCAUUGCAUCAACAAGUUUGUGUGGCAUUUAAGUCAGGAUGAAUUCACAGAAAUAGGUAGCAAUCUUUCAGUGGUGGUUACUUAAUAGAUUUAGAAAAAUAAAUACGUUAUCUUAAAAGGCAUUUACAGUUCAUUUCCUUUCUGAAAUAAAAUUAUUUUACUUAAUAUGGUUCCACUGUCAUUUCUGCAAAAAUCGUUGGUAGCAACGGUGAACAAGAAAACAAACGAAGGCUGACUUUGGUUUUGUUGGACUUGUGGGAUACUGCUUCCAGUUUAUGUCUGAAAGCUGUGUUCACAUUCAUGUUGAAAUUAGGGAACACAUGGAGAAAAAGUUCUGGUAGGGGACUACAGCGAGUUCAACUUGGUUUUUAUGAGUUCUGUCACGAUUUAAAACGCCUGACAACGGUACGGUGAUUGGCAUGGUAGCAAGCAUGCAGAUAUGCAAGGUGCUGUGAGGAUCGGUAGCCUGUCCAAGUAUUCAGUUUUGAAGCUAACAUGUUUUCAGAUCUUUAUGACAGCAGAGGUGGUCUGUAAUUCAAUUGUUUCAUUUGUAGCAUAAUGAAAUGUUACAGAAAGAUGACCUUUUCAUUAAAAUAUUUUUAGAAAUGUG